UUAUCGUGAGCCACCAUCACUCUCCUUACACACGUACACCGACACGCGUGCCAUUAUACCUUAAGACAGAAUUUUUAAUAUAUGUCACCGCACACUUGGCACUACGCGCACACCGUACGAGUGCCGAGCUUUUGCGCCAGAUGUGAUUAGAUUGUGUGUCACUGCCAGUGUUGACACUCCAGAUAAGAGGGUCAAAAUCACACCGCUAGGUAGCAGAAAACCGGAAAUGGAAAUAGCAUGUCCAUCUUGUGCCUUAAAACUUGUUUAUGUUUGUUGACGUUGAGUGCCAGCUGUCGUCACUAUUCCCAGCAUUAGACGCGAUGUGACGCCGAUGUCGGCCAUGGUCAGUUUGAAGGAUAUAUUCCUUAUGGUAGUGUUGUGCUUUUGAUCACAAAGACCAUUUAACUCGCGCGGGAAAAAUUCACUGGAUUAUAAUCAUGUCGAAAACGAAGAAAACGAGUCGGUCUUCAUUAAAAGAUGCCAAUGACGGCAGCGAGCUCCAGCCACUGACAUUCAUUGGAAGCGAGCUCCUCGACGACGUCUUUGACGAAGCGUCACCAAUAGCAGAGAUGGAGAAACAUGACAAGCGAGUAUCUGAGACAGAUUCAGAUCCAUGGGAGCAGAAUGGUAGACCAAACCUUGAAGAGAAAAAUAAUUCUGUGAAAUCCACCCGUAAAGUAGAAGUGAGUCGCUCAUUGUCUUUAGAAGAUCCUGACGUUCGAUGUGGAUUUGGACCCUAUAAACCGGACGUGUUACAGAGAUUUAACAACCCUAAAUGUCUGCUAGCUUUUCUUUCAUUCUUUGCUUUCAUUCAAGGUUUUGUUGUAAAUGGUAUAAACAAUGUAAAUACGACAAGUAUCGAGCGACGCUUUGGUCUACCAAGUUCAAAAGUCGGCAGCAUCUCGAGUGCCUACGAUGUGUCCGCAGCUAUCGUCGGACUGAUCAUCAGCCACUUCGGGUCUGGACGGAACAAGCCGAAGUUUCUGUCGUUAGCGGCCGGCAGUAUGGCGAUAGGAUCAUUCGUGAUGACGUUACCUCACUUCACUAAUGGACUGUAUCUUUGGGGCGAAAAUAUCCGGGGAACUUGUAGUGAAAUAGUGGAGGCUGACACUUGCAACAUGGAUGAGAGCUUGCAGAACUAUCUCUACGUAUUCCUUCUGGGACAGGCCUUACAUGGAGUGGGCGGAACCACACUUUAUAUUGUGGGCGUGUCCUUAAUGGACGACAGCGUGCCAGCAACUUCGUCUCCCAUGUAUAUUGGUAUAUUUUACUCCUUCGCUACCUUCGGUCCCGCCCUGGGAUACAUCUUCGGAGGUCAGAUGCUGAACGUAUACGUGGAUUUCAAUGAGCCAGCAGGUAACAGCGGUAACCUGACCCCAGGUGACCCCAGAUGGGUUGGAGCAUGGUGGGUGGGUUUCCUGGUAGCCUCACUGGUCAUGGUGUCAGUGGCUAUUCCCAUGGCCGCUUACGGCGUAGAGCUACCUGCCGCCAAAAAAGUAAGGGAUACACGAGUAUCACAGAUGCAUAAUGAUCACGUGAUUGAUUCCAAGAGUAAUAAAGAGAUUGGUAGUUCCCUGCGGGACCUUCCACGUUCCUUCUGGAUCCUGCUGACGAAUCCAGCAUUCACGUUGAUUACGCUAGCAGGGGCUGCUGAGGGCCUGACGACUUCUGGUUUUUCUACAUUCAUGCCCAAACUAAUUCAGAACCAGUUUGGUACCACUGCCGCCUGGGCAUCUAUACUGGGCGGUAUUGUAGCAGUUCCUGGGGCUGCUGGGGGUCAGCUAAUUAGCGGCUACUUAUGUAAACGUCUCAAUCUGAAAGUUAGAGGAAUGCUGCGUCUCAUCAUCGUCGUCUGCCUUGUAGCAGCCAUCCUCGAUUUUUGUGUAUGGAUCCGAUGUGAACAAGAAACAAUAGUUGGAGUCAGUUCUCAAUAUUCCACAAGCUAUUCCGAGGAUCUUCCGAACCUACAAUCACUGUCAUGUAACUCGAACUGUUCCUGUUCGUCGGAGUUUUACCAACCCGUAUGCAGUGACCAGCAUGUCCAGUACUUCUCUCCCUGUCAUGCAGGUUGCCAUGGUCACAACGCCGACAGAUCGAAAUACACCAACUGUACGUGUGUUAGCCAGUACAAGGGUUACGUACCCGACAACAUAACCACUACAGUCACUUCCGGCAAGUGUCAGGAUUCGUGCCUUCUCCUUUAUAUUUUCCUUCCGGUCUUGCUGUUCGCCAUCUUCUUCCGGUUUGCGCAGUCACCACCUGCGCUGUCAGUGACACUGAGAUGUAUACAUGACAAACAGCGAACGUUUGCUCUUGGUAUUCAAUGGUUUGUCGUGAGACUAAUGGGUACGGUGCCCGGACCAAUCAUGUUUGGUAGCGUGAUAGACAGUUCCUGUCUAGUAUGGCAGGAGAAAUGUGGGGAGAAUACGUCAUGUUGGAUAUACGACAAUUCUCAACUCAGUCGAAAUUUCUUCAUAAUAUUGUUUUCAGUGAAGGUCACCACGAGCGUUAUAUUCAUCAUUGCAUACAAGUUAUACAAGCCGCCAAUAGACAAAUCAGUUUCCUACGUUGUAACUAACGGGACGAAAUUGUCCGAAUCCUCAAAACAAGAUGAUAAUAGUAGCAAUAGUGAAUCGGAAAUCUUAGAUCAACACAGUACGGUAACAGUGUUAUAGCAAAUCUGUGAAUGGUGCUUCUGUUAUUAAUGUUUAUUUAAGCACCAUAUUCCUACUUGUCGACCAAAUGAAAAGACUUAAUAUUCGUCUGGUGCUAUGUCGUUUCUUAAUAUGUAUAAUGUAAUAUAUUUUUGAAUUGGUAUACGUUUUGUGCUUGUCAUAUCAACCGAGUUUUAUAUAUUGUGUUUAGCAUUCCAGAAAAAAAAAGAUUUAUUUCCUUGUGCUGAGUCGCAAGUCAAAAGCACUAAUUUUGUAGGAACCUAUAUCUAUCUGUUCAAUAUAACGGUUUCAUGAAUAGAAAAGGGACCUUGCAGUGGGAUAUUGUUAAUUGAAAACUUAUAGCUUUUGUAUUAAAUAAAGGAAAACCAGUCAUCAAGCAGUAUUCAAAACGGUGCAUUUCCAAAAUAAAAGAAAUUUAGUCUUUCGAAAUUAAUAUCGGGGAUAUGUAAUAUUAUGCAAAACAAGUCAUGAUCAUUGAUUCAUAUGACUGGCCCCUUGCAUAAUUUUUAAAGAAGCCUCUUGAAUCCUCAAUUUCUGACAUUUAAAUACUGUAAACGUACUGUAUUUGGCGUAUUCCUAUUUUAGCGCAUGUCUUGAUAUUAAAGGAUUAUGAAUUGGCGCGCCAAAACGAUUUUAUUAUAGAGAGAGCAAUUAGCACAAUUACAAUUUAGCGGAAUGCUUCAAAACAAAAAGCGCUAAAAUUACAUUACCGCUAAAAUAUGCACGUUUACAGUAAUCCUUUCUUUGCGACUACUGAAAUUGAUGUUGUAUAUUGUUGACACCCUGUAUCCGGUUUAUUAUCGGUAUAGAUACUGCAUGACAAAUGCCUUUAUACAAUUAUAGACUUUUCAUGAGCCGAAACAUGUAUCUUUUGACAUGUGAAUACACGUACAUGUAUGGAGGACGAAGUCCGAGGUUGAUAUUUUUCACAGGUCAAUGUACACACAGUCAAUCGUGAUUAACUUGUUAGCACAUAAGGUCGAUAUUGUAAUAUGACCUUACUUCAGCCAAUCAGAAUUUGUGAAAACUGUGCAAUUAAAAUAUCAUAUGAUAUUACAUGUUAGGUAAAAUUUUCAUACAGAUUAAUGUUACUCAUUUUCCCGUCUGGUGCUGUAAACUCUCUGGGAUAGAUUAUGUAUGAAUACGUGAUCGAGAAGUGCAAUUUGUAUUAAAGUCUCAAUAUUAAGCACACUGGUAAAGAUCCCUUGUAACUUAAAAGUUCUAUACUUUAAACACAUUUAACUUACUCUAGAAGGUUUGUAAAGUGUGUUGGCUUCUGGCUUUAUACAUUGCCGAAUAUCGGCAAGUUUAAGGUAGCAAUUGGUAAUGUGUAAUGAUUUAUGUGUCUAUACAUACGCAUGUAUUAGUGAUUUUGACAUUUGACUAAAGGGAUGUGUGAUUUUUCAACCAAUGGUUUGGAUAUCGUUUCUACCGUUAAUAUUGCUAUGCCUAUGUUAAUGAACUUCAUCUUAGAUUUAAUGACUUCAACAAUGACAUUCCAGAAAAGACUAUAGUUUUAAAAUAUUGAUGUCAAAUUGCGUUUGUUUAGCAUGGUAUUAAGGCACCAUCCUAAGAAAAUAUGAACAGAUCAAUGUAUUGUUAUUAUUGUUGUUAUUGCAGACUGGCAUUGAUUUAAAACUGAUAUAAAAUUGUGUUACUUGAGCAUACCCGACUUUUCUGCUUGAUACUGGAUAUCAACUUAUUUUAGCGGCGGCUUAAUUUGCGUUUUCAUGCCUAAAGAUUUCGCAAUUUACAUUUAUAAAAUGACAAAUAUAGCUUUGAUUGAGACUCUUUCGCGGCGAUUGCCUUUUGCGAAUUAAUCACCUGCGAAAUUUGCGAAAAUUAAUCGCACGCUAAAAUAAGUUGGUUUACAGUAUAUUUUUCAAUUCAUUACCGUAUGUUGUUAGACCAAAGAGGCAGCUUAAUAAGGCAAGGCGCGUUACACUAUAUGGAAAAAAUUCCCCUAACUUUCAGUGCGUAAGUUCACCAACAAAAUAUACAUAUUGCCAAAAAUCAACAGCAGUUUGGAAAAUGUUUCUUUUCGACGCGAUUAUUGGAGAAGUCGUUUUAAAAUUGUAAACAAUUGUACCCAGUUUCGGUCAAUAUCGAAGACUUAAUAGUACUCUCAUGUAUGCACAGCAAAACGUAACAAUGAUUUUUAAUGACUAUAAAUAGCAGCAUUAAAUCAAUGUUUUAUCGCCAGGUAGGGUUCUUACUCUUAUGAGCUACUUUUUGCUUUAUACGUAUAUAUAUAGGUUUAAUUUACCAUUACAGGUAUAUGACUUCCUUGUAUAGAGAUAUAAUGUGAUAUCAUGAUGUAUUUUGUUUAGAAUCGGUAGAUAUACAAAUAUAUAUCUAGAGUGUUUGUCUAUGUUCAGUGAUAUUUUCAUCAAAUAUUUUAAAUAAUCGUUUUGUUUACUAAAUAUUUACUAUAUUUUCAAAUAUGUUUCUGUUGAAUUGUUCAAAAUUUACAAGUUUGUCAAUGGUGAAUUAAUUACACUUGUUACUUAAUAGCUUUAGAUAAAUUAUAAUCCUGUAAUGUUUUGUAGGAAAGAGUUGUUCGUUAUCUGACGGUUUUCUGUUGUAGCCACCUCAAGUUCUACUGUUGCUGUUUUAUGCUACCCCCGCGGGCCUUUUUUGUGACUCCUAUGUCUUUCUGUAUGUGAUUUUGUAUAUUUUCUGUUAUUGUACUUUACUGUCUCUUCUUUACGUCAUACUUACGUAAUUGUGUUAAUUGAUGUGUAUCAAAUGUCUACAGAAAACUGUUGGAAGCAUUCAAAAUGACAAUAUCAAAACCAAAACUUGAAAGAGCUUAUUUUUAUAAAAGAAAAUCGUUAUGAAAUAAUAAAAUCAAUAGAACAAACUGU